UGUCAGUCGCCGCCGGCGUUAAUAUUUGUCGGCGCAGGGCUCUGUUUUGCAGUGAGAGAGCAAGAAAGUGUAGUGUAAUUUUUUCCACAGUUCGAAAACAAAACAAAUUUCCUGCUGAAAAAUGAUACGCUUCAUUUUAAUACAAAAUCGUGCAGGCAAGACCCGUUUGGCCAAAUGGUAUAUGAAUUUUGAUGACGAUGAAAAACAGAAAUUAAUCGAAGAGGUGCAUGCAGUGGUGACUGUGAGGGAUGCCAAACAUACCAACUUUGUAGAGUUCCGUAACUUUAAGAUUGUUUAUCGUCGUUAUGCGGGUCUCUACUUUUGCAUAUGUGUGGAUGUUAAUGAUAAUAAUCUCUGUUACUUGGAGGCCAUACACAAUUUCGUAGAAGUACUUAAUGAGUAUUUCCACAAUGUAUGUGAAUUGGAUUUGGUAUUCAACUUCUAUAAAGUGUACACCGUGGUCGAUGAAAUGUUUCUCGCCGGCGAGAUACGUGAGACCUCACAAACCAAAGUUCUAAAACAACUACUGACCCUAAAUUCUCUGGAGUAAAAUGGUUAUUUAGUAUAUGUGACGUAGUGGUCCAUCAUUCCAUUGUGUGUAUAUGAGCGUGUCAUUAUAUACCCUCUUGUUUACACUAUUUUUCUUAAAUUAUACUCUUUAAAAUAGGCCUCUAUAUAACGAAUCUUGAUUUCAUUUGCUCGUUUCCCUCUUAAGUAAAUCUCCUAAAAGCAAUUUUUUACCAAAUCCGUAUUACAACAACUCUGCCGUUUUGUGUGCAGGAUGAUGUUAACGAAAGAAUAUGAACUAAUGAAGCGAACAAGAAGAAUUCUCCAAAAACAAACAUAAAAUAAAAAAAUAUCGUUCAAAUAUUUAAAUAUUAAUAUUGUUAACUUAAUCAAAUAUAUGUAUUAUGUAUAAAAAUUAUAAUCCUGUAAAAUGAUUUAAAUAAAUUUUAGGAAAUAA